CCAUUGGCUGUAUGCACCGCAGAUGUCACCACUGCAGCCAUCGAAUCCCGGGAAUAAACAGACCGACGGAAAUACAACCCACUGAGUUUUGACUGACCGUGUUUCUGUGAGAGGAACAGAACCGUGGGCGAGGUUUAUGGUGAAUAGAGCCGGUCAUUGGGCUCUGUGCACAUCCGUCAUGUGGGGAAAGACCCAUCGUUCUCCUUGGUACGGAAGCCGAGAGGAGGCUGGUUGGUUACGCGUCCGUGGGUCUCCACCCGAGAGUAUGGCGGACGUGAAUGUAUUGGUGAGAGAGUAAACCACGGAGAGAGGAUGGAAAAGAAACGCAGACUGGACUUGUUUUUAUCAACUUUAAAGACACGUUUUAUUUAACCAGUCCUGCUCAGCUAAGGCAAAGUCAAUUUUUGAAAAGAAAAAUCGUCUCGGUGUCUCCUGUUGUUUUUUUCCUCAGGACGGUCUUCACAGGAGCAAGUUUUGUUUUUAUCAUGCUGAGGCUAGCGAGCUAGAAUGGUGAGCGAAGCAAAUGAGAAAGCACAAGUUGUUCAUUACAAACCUUUUUGUUUUGCAUUGGUGCAGAUUUGGAAAUUGCAAUCGUCUGACUAGCAAUUACUACUCGUCAGUGUCGCUUCUGCCUGGAGGAAUUUCUGCAAUGAAGCCAAUUUUCAGGCGGCGACUCUUUGUGUUCUGGCUGUUUAGCUAUUUUCUAUAGCUAAACGGAUAGCUUGUUAGUUGAGGAGGAUAUUUAUUUCAUUUUCAGAGAUGGAACACCAUUGCUAAUUUGCGGUGGCUAUUUAAUUCCCUCCAAUGUCGACGUGAGAGUCUAGUUGGUGAUAUUCGCAGUUCACUUGCAUUCGCCGAAUUAAUUUAGAUAGCCAGAAAUGCGCGAAUAUAAAGUCGUGGUUCUCGGGAGCGGUGGGGUUGGAAAGUCCGCUCUCACGGUGCAAUUUGUGACAGGGACCUUUAUAGAGAAAUACGACCCGACAAUCGAGGAUUUUUACCGCAAAGAAAUUGAGGUUGAUUCUUCGCCUUCGGUACUGGAGAUUCUCGACACGGCUGGCACCGAGCAGUUUGCUUCCAUGAGGGACCUCUACAUCAAAAACGGCCAGGGGUUCAUAUUGGUCUACAGCCUUGUCAACCAGCAGAGCUUCCAAGAUAUAAAGCCUAUGAGGGAUCAAAUCAUUAGAGUGAAAAGGUACGAGAAGGUGCCGGUGAUCCUGGUGGGGAACAAGGUGGACCUGGAGAGUGAGCGGGAGGUGUCGUCGGGGGAGGGGCAGGCCCUGGCCGAGGAGUGGGGCUGCCCCUUCAUGGAGACGUCGGCCAAGAGCAAGACCAUGGUGGACGAACUGUUCGCCGAGAUCGUGCGGCAGAUGGACUACGCGGCCCAGCCGGACAAGGACGACCCCUGCUGCUCCUCCUGCAAUAUACAAUAGCCACAGAGCCGAGGAACAGGCAACCGCACAGAGGGGUCGCAAACACCAACCAACACGCUCAGACAUGAACCACACGCAGAAACAAACUGAUAAACAAAGAACCAACGAGGAUGAAAUCUGUGACGCCAUUUCCCAUUUGAUACACGUAACCAGUCCUAAGCAGUGCUUUAAUAUUGAUAAUCAUUUGAUUGAACUCCUGAGUGAGGAGUUCAGAGAGAUAACGGCAGAAUCUGACUGAAUUUUUCUGUCCACACGCCUUAUGUUUACCUGUUUCCAGCUCUUGUGCGAAAUUCACUAGGGGGGGGGGAGCCGCGAGGGGGAUAAAAAUAGUGAUUGGUUCAAGACGUCAGGGAACAGGUUGUUUCGUUCUCGAGGUUUGAUUUGGUGGUAUUUCUUUUAAGUUGUUUUUACAUUUUCCCUUUUCUGUUCGCCUGACCCGGUUUUCAGUUGUGACGGCCAGUGUGAGCGUGUUUCUUCUGAUGUCACCCUGACAGAGCAGCAGAUGUGUACCCCACUGACCCGAGCAGAAGAGAUUAUCCCCCUCAUCCACUUGUUUUAAACAUUGAUGAGUCAUUGAUUUGUGUACCAGGUUUCUCCCUAGCUGGAAAGGAGAAGCCGAGGGGAUUUUUUUUGUCUUGUUCUUCACCAAAACAACUGAAGAUGCAGCAGAACCGGCACCUUCCCGAUGAGGUGGUGAGAAGAGACGUCUUGACUGAACCUCAUCACGGCGUGUUGUGAUCUACCCUCUAUGGAGAUCCCACAUAUUCACAGUGUAUCCAACCGACAUGGUCUAUUUUCUUUUUCAUAUAUCCCAUCAUUUCCACUGUCUGACAACAGAAUUGUGAGAAACACAGUUUUUGUUUCCAAUAGAACAAGGGUACCAUUAUUCAGUAUUCCAAUAGCAGUGGGGUUUUGUGUGUUGGAAUUUCUGUAGGAUUUUCAGAAUUCCCAGGGGGCUUUUUGUCCGUUAUCAUUUGGUAUGCAGGCACAAGAGAGUCAGGGCUGCAUAGAGCACUGUCCACUCGUGGCCAGACUUCCAUUACGUCUCCCUCCUCUCUCUAUUCGGAAUAGUCUGAUUGUACUGGUAGAUCUGGUAGCGAAACAAACAAUAAUAAACGGUAACCUAGCUGCAGGCCGGUGUAAAUAGUUUGUAUGGAAGGCGUACGCGCCUCAUAAUACACAGACUCAGCAAACGGGAUUGUCAACUGUGUGCGUGGCUAGCAAAUAACAAAGGGUCAUUGUUUGCGGUGGAUUUAAAGCAGCCAAGGUUUGCGAGCAGAACGUAGUUCAUCCUGGGUCAGACUUCAGAAGUUGUACACUUUUGGAACUGUACUGUCUGUAUUGCGAUGUGAAAGGACCUACCCACUUACCAUUUUCAUUAAUCAUUUUAUAUUUCUGUGACCAUUGAACACACAAACCCUUCCCACACUCACACAUGCGCAAAAUGGUGAAAUGGUUCUAGUAUAUAACACCAGGACAGUAAGAGAUGUCUCCAUUAUUUCAGUUCAUUAAGUCUUGUGAAGUGACAUGAUUACUUCAAGGUAUUCUUUUUACCCCACUUUUUCUGGGGAAAGGACUAAGUGUUUCAAAAGCAGAGAAACUGAAAACCAUGUAUUUUAUUUUUUUUCAUGAGCCAUUUCUAAUGCUAAGCAGCACAGUAAAGUGCUAAGAGAAAUCACUCUUUGGUCCCCAAGGAGAGUUUUAACAGCUUCAACUACAGGCAGCUCUUGAGUGUCUGCUUUUCAUUCAUUGUGAAUUUGUUAUUUUUUUUACUUGCUUUGCUUCAUAAACACUGUUCUGUUCUUGAAGAAACCGAACUUCAGGGGAAGAUUACAAAGCAAUUUUUUGAGUUGGGACCAAAUACAUUACUCAUCCACAUCCGGACUCAGCUCCCAGGGUAUAACCCGAUUUCUGUGUGCAAGAGUUCAGCAACAUUGGUUUUUCUCCUUUGGAUAAAUAAUGUUGCACUUUGUAUGACUUCAAAAUGUUGGACACCAAGAGGGCUGGAAAAUGAAUGGCACCUCCCUGCUCUGUCAAGGAUGAAUAGCAGUGGUGUCUUAAGACACGAUGAUGAUGACGAUGAUAACAAUAACAAUAAUAAAAAUGAAAGUGAAAUGUA